CCACGUCGUCGACGUGGCCGCGACGGCCCUAAUUUCAGCGCACUUGGUCUCGGCACGAUGGGUAAACAUGACCGAGUCGUUAUCGGCGCUUUCUAUGGAAAGACCGACGAGAACGGCGCCAUGAAGGCGCUGAAAUAUGCCGCGGAUGCUGGCAUGACAUUUUGGGAUUGCGCGGGCAUCUACGGUACUUCCGGGGCCACCUUGGGUAAGUGGUUCAAAGACACCGGCCUUCGUAGCGGGAUAUUCCCCGCCACCAAGUUUAGCGCGUUCGACUCAACCCAAUGUCAAAAACCCUCCACUGGUGUCACCUCCUGGCCUUCGUACGUCAAGCGCGCCGUCCACCGCUCAUUUGAGCGACUCGGCGUCGAACACAUCGACCUCUACUACCAACACCGUGUCGACCCCAAGGUGCCCAUCGAAAUUGUCUCCGAGGUGGUCCGCGAGUUCGUCGAGGGCGGGAAGUUCCGAUGGCUCGGACUGUCCGAGUGCAGCGUUGAAACGCUCGAGCGCGCCAAGGCCGUGCCCGCGCUCGGCCAAAAGCUCCUCGCGGUGCAGACCGAAUACAGCCCGUUCACGCUCGAUAUCGAGAAGAACGGGCCCGCGGCCGCUGCGAACAGACUCGGGAUGUCGGUCGUGGCGUACAGCCCGCUCGCCCGGUCCCGGGCCGAUUUCAGCGAGGGCGACCUCCGGCUCGUGCUUCCCCGCUUUUCGGAAGAGAACUUCCAGAAGAACCUGUUGGUCGUGGACAAGCUGCAGGAGAUCGCGAACAAGUAUAACGCGGCGUCGAGCCAAGCCACCCUGGCGUGGGUCUUGGUUGAACACCCUACGGGGAUACCCAUCCCGGGCUCACGCACACCCGAACGUAUUGAGGAGAACGCCCGUGGUGCCGAGCUUGAUCUCCCGGCUGGAGCUAUCAAGGAGAUCCGCGACCUUACGGAGAACGCGGAGGUAGCCGGUAUCCGGAACCGCACGCUUGCGUGGAUCGCGGCCGGUGUGGAGGCCCGAUGGUAA